AGUCUCAUAGUCGUUGUCGUCGUCCAAACAACAAAGAAACGAGCUCCUUCUGACUAACACUGUUCAACACUUUAACCUAUAAAAAGAGAAGGGAAGGAGCGCUUCUUGCUUGUUUCCUUUCUCUAGAAGGAUAAGUGAGGACAAAGGGACUCACAUAUACUAGACUAGAGUGUCUCUUUAGUCUUUACUAGGCAGAGAAGGAAAGCGAAAGGGAGGCUGCGAGAGUGGGAUGGAGAAAGAAGAGAGAGGCACCGGAGGGAAGUUUCGCAAGCCUACUUCACGUAAACCGCAGCCCUCUCCUUAUGCCCGUCCGGCAAAUCAAACCACUCGCAAUGCCCAAAGGAGUGACAAGGGAUGGCUUUCGAAGUUCGUCGAUCCUGCUUCUCGCCUCCUCUCUGGUGGUGCCACAAGACUCUUUCCUUCUUUCUUCUCCAAAACCCCUGUCAUAAUUGCGCUACCCACGCCCUCUGACUCCGAAGAUUCAGGGGUGAAGCAAGAUGCUGGGCAGGUUGAUCCAAAGCCUACUUCCCCAAAGCCUACUUCAGAAAUGCCGGUAUCCGUAAUGAAAGGAGGAGGUCAGAUGGACGAAUUACAUGGAUCAAAAUGUGUCUCUCAAAUUGAUGAACAUGUGAGAGAGAAGUUGGGCAACUCAUCCGAUGGUAGUGGACUUUCUGAAAUCGAGCAGCUAAUGAAAGGAAAAACAUUUUCUAGAGAUGAACUUGACCGCUUGAUGGAGAUAUUGCAUUCAAGGGUUAUUGAUCAUUCUGAUGUUGAUGAGCGGGAAAAGAAAAACACAAGCAUGACUGCAGUACCAAAAGCUACAGGUGAUGUAUGGGGUGAAGAGAAACUAAGAACACCAUUCCAAGAAAGGCAGGCAGAUAUUUUGAGUGGAGUUAGGGGCGGAGUCCCAAACCCUAUUCUUCAACCGACCAUACGAGAUGAAGUUGGUUCUUCACCAGUAGAAAUUGCAAAAGCUUACAUGGGAACCCGAGCUUCAGAAUCAAGCCUCAAUUCUCAGAGUAGAAUAUGGAAGGAUGAAAGAACUCCUGUACAUAACAAUGAUUUUGCAUCAAGAAGGAUGUCUAUUCUUCCGUCUUCUUCUAAGUCAUCCAUUUUCCAUCCGGGUGCUGUGGUACAGGAGCAGUCUAGUUAUCUGACUCCACAAACUCAACGAGGCAGGAUUGGGCUACAUAAUUUUCCAAGAACACCCUAUUCUAGAACUGUUUAUCCAAGGUCCACUUCCAAGGUGACUCCAUUCCAGGGUGUUUGGGAUAGCUCUUGCAAUAUUUUAUCAACUCAAAGCAAGCAAUUGCAAAGUCCAGUUUAUGGUAGUAGGCAGACAAAGGCUGAAAUCUUGGAUGAUGGCUUAGGAUCAGUGGGACCGAUCCGUAGAAUACGUCAGAAGGUUGUUUCAACAACUUCUUCCAGGGUAGCUGGUUCACCUUAUCCCGCUAGCUCCAGGUCUUUGUGGACUGAAGAUUCUGAUCCUUCUAAAACCUUCUUGCCCACUUUCAAGAGGAAUCUGGAUCCUGGAGCAUCAUCAAGUGGCAAUUCAGCUUUCCAACCUGGUGAUAUCAAUGGUUCCAGCUAUAAUGUUGGUGCUACAACUGUCCACCCACAGUCUAGUGAGUUAGCUAGGAAAAUAUUGGAGCACCUUGAUCGGACUGUUCCAACUCCAAAAGAAAAAUCUGCCGAGUUAAAGUUAGCAAUGGUGCAGAAGAAGCCCCAUUCUGAGUUCACUACUAGCAGGUCGAAUGAGCAGAUUGGAAGACUUCAUGUUGAAGAUUCUGAUUCUCAGAAGACCAGCAAUUUACUUGGUGAGAAUUUCUCUGCUCAAGAGAAUGAAGACAGAGGGAUAUCUUUUCUUGUCAAUUCCAAGACUAAUCAUUCCUCGCAAAUUAAAACGCAUGAGGUUUCAAUGGGAGUGGGUGACAGUGGACGGAGCCAGAAGAACCAACACAGUGGACGGAGCCAGAAGAACCAACCAUUUCCUCUCCGCAAUCAAAUGGAUGUGGCUAGUGUUCAAAAUUCAGUUUGUGGUGCGGCUGUUUCUGAGGGAUUACCUUCACAGAUGAAGCCUCCAAGUCAAUCUUCUGGGGCUAAACUGGGUUUGACGUCUAUCUCUAUCAACAAACCUGACCCUAAAAGGGCAGGUUUUCCUGAUAAUGGUGCUGGAUUUAGUUUCCCUGUAUCUGCAUCUUUUGGUGCAUUAUCUGAGCCACCAACCCCUUCCAUUAUGCCAUCCUCCUCAGCUAGAAGUCUGCCACAGCAGGAAGAAGGAAAUACAGUCCCUUUGUACAGUUUUGGUACCAAGAGUGGCCAGAAUCUUGUUUUCUCAUUUCCUUCCACGAGUACAAGCAUCUCCACUCAGGAUGAUUCUUCAACUCCAAAAUUUACCUUUGGAUCAGACAGGAAGAAACCCGAAGUGUCCUUCAGUUCCCUGGGCAAAGAUGCCUUAUGUUGUUAGGAGUAUUUGGGUUGACUCUCUCUUAUAUCUGAUGAAAAUUUUCAUAUGUAAGUGAGCACACUAGUGUGAGAUGGUUACUUUCCUUAAAAUGUUCCAGGUUUUUUUUUUGGAUAAAAAAAUGUUCCAGGUUUAUGUGAUUCAUUUUCUCAUAAGCUGUGAAGCUGGUCGUUUGGUUGGAUGGGGAAUCAGCCAGUGUCUUGGGUGUAAAUGUAUAUAUUCUUGGAUUUUCUCUUCUUAUUUCUGAGCAAAUUACUUAAAAAUUUGAUGUUAGUUCCUCAUA